AUGAAUCAAGAAUCACAACCAGACUCAUAUCAGUCAGAAGGCACUGAGUCAUAUGUCUACGAUGAACAGUUGACGAACAAUCCUCAAUUCGAGUCAGAAACACCAGAAUCACAACCAGACUCAUAUCAGUCAGAAAGCACUGAGUCAUAUGUCUACGAUGAACAGUUGACGAACAACCCUCAAUUCGAGUCAGAAACACCAGAUGAUCUGAAUUCAACACUGGACGCAUACGCAGAUUCAUACCGUGAAGCUGUGGAUUAUAAAUUUCGUAUGACUGAAAUUCAGAAAUUCAAAGAUCGCUGGAAUUUCAAAACAAUAAUAAAACCUGAAAUCCUGAGACUUGAACACUUAUAUCAAAGUAAAUGGGCGAAGGAAUUCCUCGAAUCAAUCGGUGCAGAAGAUAAGAAGCUGGUGGAUUUUUCUACUGAUGAAUACAGAAAGGCACUGGAAAAAGAUACCUCUUUUAAUUACAAAGUUCUUGCUAAUAAAGGAUUAUACAAUAAGACGAAAUUGCAUAUUUCAAAGAAGUGGGAAAAUCGAAAAAAUCUCGAUAUUGCAGAAGGCAAAUAUUUUGCGGAGACAUCAGGCAAUUUGAAGAAAGACGAAGUUCAAAUUGAAAUGAUAAAGAAGCAUUUGAAGGAGGCGAAGGAAGCAGUGAAAACAUCCAGAGAAAAGCUUCAAUGGCUGGAAGAGGCAGCAGUCACUGCAACUCAUCAAAACAGAGAUAUUUUAAAUUUUUUCCGAACUUCGAAGAAAAGAAGAUAUAGAAGUGACAUAUUGUAUGCUGCUAGAGUAAACGAAGUGUAUCAGAAGGCUCGUAUUAAUUUUGCCAUCGGCACAAAGGAACUAGGUGAGAAAAUAAAACUAUUGGAAAUGAAGAGGAUUGAAUUUUUCAAGUUUCAAACCCUAGAAGAUAGAAUAAAGUUGCUCCUGACUGAAAUGAAGGAAGAUGCCAAGCAGUUUUAUUGA